CCCAAAAUUCAAAUUACACUUCAGCUAGAUUAUUACAACAGGUUUAUAACUAUUAUUACUAUUAUGAAGUUCUUUAUUAUUGUUGUUGGACUAUUUAGUAUGGCUGUUCAUGGCCAAAGCGGCGGUAACUGCACUCCUCCCCCAGUAGGAGGCAGUGGUCCAGGCACCUGCUUUAUUGCAGGGACUGGAUUUCCUUGCGAUGAAGAAUUUCCCUGCACUAAAUUUAAUAAUCCAUGUAUCCAUGGUCUUGCACGACCUGGCCAACCAGCUACUGUAUGCUCUUAAGAGCUUUAGGCGCUGCUUUUUUUAAGCUAUAUUAUUAUUAUAAAGAUGGCUUUUAAAUUUAGGGAUUAAC